AUGUCCAUUGAACAGAUAUUAAAGGAUUUGGAACAAAAUCUCUUCCUACCUAGUGAGAUACUGCGAUCUGGGAAUAAGAUUUCAGUCAAAUAUCGAUACAUUGACGAUGCUUAUGUUCAGUCAUGUGGCUGUAUUAUGUCUGAGCAAUUGUCGAAAGAAAUUCAGACUUCAUUGUCUGCGACUUGUCCAGUUUGCCAUACAGCUUCUGUUACUGGUGUUGGACCGGUUGGCCCACUGAGACAUCUUUAUGACCAAUUGCGAUUUUACCAAAAUAAUAAACCUCCAAAUGAAGAUAUACUGGAAGAUCCCACUUUGACACAGUCGACUGAAAGGAGUCGACGUCAUUCAGAUAAAUCGCAUUCGCUUUUAUCGUUGUUUCUUCAAGUGGCAAGUAAAGUGGCGACAGAGGAUGAGCAAGAUUCACCUGUGAAGAACGGUGCGUUGAAAGAUGUUAAUGAUGUGCAGAAUUUUAAAGCCUCCGCGGAGGAGCCAAUAGCAGUCGAAACAGGAUCCUUGGAUAACAUCUCGAACUCAAAAACGAUACCAAUUCAAGACAACAAUUCAUCUAUGGUUGAGACACCUUUAUUCCCUAUUAAUACUGCUACGAUUGCCUCUGAAUUCAACGAAGAGAAAGAGUAUUAUUUUGCAAAGUGUUUUCCAAUGUAUAGAAAACGAUCGCAGUUCAACACACAUUCUAAAUUUCUACGAACGAAAUCGAAAUUAUUCAUCAAUAAUUCUAUCUCGCCAGACUGUACUAAGUUUGCUCUGAUAACGCCAAACAAGUGGGAGGUGUUCUCUAUACCAUCCACAAAUUCUGGCUCGAAGAACAAGGAACCUGAAUUGUUAUUUUGCGGCAACACUAACGGGGAGUUUGGUCCUAAUUUUGAAUCACUAUCGUUCCCACAGAAUGCGACUGUUUUACAGCCCAUUUACAACGAGUCUUGGGACGCUGCCACGAUGAGGACAACAAGAAAGAAAACAAAAGAUAACAGUGCAGCGACAGCACUUUCACAAUGGGAACACAUAUACUGCAAACUGAGUAAUAGAUUAUUAGUUGUGGCUGGUACACGAGGUAUAUUCCGUGUUUUCAACUUGAGUAGAGGUGGGGAACCAAUAUAUACAUACUGCUCAUCGUUCCCAAUCCGUUCGAUUGACAUAAACCCCAUAACUUCCAUAGUUUCGUGUGGAAUAACAGGCAGAGACAGAACAACCGGUUCCGAACAGGCAUUAUUACUAUUCCACAGAUUUGAGUUUGAUCAAUCAUCGCAGAGUUGGCAGUUUCCUCAACCGAUAACUAUCACAUUGCCAUAUCGCGAUCCAAUUCAUACCUUACAAUUUUCUUCAGAUGGGAAGUAUUUAUCAUGUUCAACUGCAUUAGAGUCAAGAUUUUUGGUGAUAUCAUUGAGGAAAAUCAACGAACCUAGACUUGUCAUGAAAUCUUUACGCUCCCUAGACACUUCUUUAGAAUCUGAAGGUAUCACUGAUACUAAACUAUUUCCAGGUAAUCCCAAUCUAAUGUGCGUCACCUCAGUAGCAUUCAACGCCCCUCCAAUUGUAAUAAACACAAAAAUCGAAUCCAUAAAUGGUGUUCAAAGUGUCGCGCAACCAACCAUGCUCCUUCGAUUGGAUGAAUUGGGAUCUAAGAUUCAUAAAUGUGAGAUCUCGCCAAGAAACGAUUCUAUUGCUUUCUUAGACAGGAACGGUACCGUAAAUAUACUAUUUGCCCCGACAAUGAUGGAUAACGAGAAGAGAAGAAUAUUAACGGUAGAUGUUGUUUCUAAUGCUUACAGAAUGAGAGAAGCCGCAUCAAUGAGAUUCAGUGUUGAUGGUCACACAUUAUACAUCCUAGAUCGUAAAGGCAUUCUCUACGUGGAAGAUUUUGCAUUUGCUCUACCUCAACAUCCAGAGGUAACAAAAUGCAAACAAAUAAACUAA